AUGGGUACUCCUGUUGAUCCUACUGAGGUCCUUCCCUCAGCUUCCAUCACUUCUAAUGCUGCUACAGUUGCAGCACCUGUAGGAGCUGGAAUAGUGGAUUCAGCACAUCCUUACUAUCUUCAUCCUUCUGAUUAUCCAGGGAUGAAUCUUGUUUCCUCACCCUUUGAUGGAAGAGCUUAUGGAGGAUGGAGAAGGGCAGUGGUGAUUGCUCUCUCAGCAAAAAAAACAAGCUGGGCUUCAUCGAUGGAUCUUUGGCUGUUCCUGAGGCAGAUUCUGGACACCAAAGAGCAUGGGCUAGAUGACCUGUGGAGUGACCUAGAAGACCGAUUUGGUCAGACAAAUGGUGCCAAGCUAUUUCAAUUGCAAAAGGAAUUAAGUGCUGUAACUCAAGGUAACUCCAGUGUAUCAAGUUAUUUCACUAAGAUAAAAAGCCUAUGGGAUGAACUAGAUGCACUCAACACCUUCUCUGCUUGCAUUUGUGACUGUGAUUGUGGUGCUAAGGCUAAGAGUUUGAAGGCUCAUCAGGAUGAGAGAUUAUUACAAUUUUUAAUGGGACUAAAUGACACCUUCUUUGGGGUCAGAAGCAACAUCCUGUUGUCAUCUCCCUUACCCUCUAUUGGACAUGCUUAUUCCCUAGUUAUUCAGGAUGAAAAACAGAGGGAAAUACAUGCCACUCCUGCUUACCCAGGAGAAACAGCCUCUUUCAUUGCUGCUAAUCAGGGAACAGGAGGAAGGAGAAUCAAUGAUUAUAAAACACAAAAGACAGGUUUUGAUGCAAGGAAGAACACCAGUAUUUGUUCCUACUGUAAGAAGCCUGGGCAUACAAUUGAUAAAUGCUAUAGGAUUCAUGGUUUUCCAACAGAUUUCAAGUUUACUAAACAGAGAAAAAACCAAGGAAUUCCACAGGCAAACAAUGCUUUUACCAUGGAAGAAGAGGGUGGCAAAGGAGCUGAAAAUGUUUCAGAGAUCAAUGCACUUACUCAGGAGAAUGUGACACAGCUGCUUCAGUUGCUGCAACAAGUGAAGCUCAAUCAGCAAUCUGCAGGAACAUCUGAUGCUUCUGCCAGUGUGAAUUGUGCUGGUAUCUCUAAAUUUUUCAACUCUUAUGCUUGUUUCAUGAAUAUAGAUAAUGAGUCAUGGAUAAUAGACAGUGGAGCUACUGAGCAUAUGACUUUCAAUAAAAGUUUCUUUUCAAAUUUUAGAACCUUGCCUAAGCCUUUAAUGGUCAAUCUGCCUAAUUCUUGUAGAGUUAGAGUCACUCAUUUUGGUUCAGUCACUCUUCUACCUAAUUUGGUUUUACAGAAUGGCCCUUCACUGAAGAGCCCUCUGGAGAUUGGUAAGGAGAAUGGAGGUCUCUAUUUUCUUCACUCAAGGCAGCCUGCAGAAGUUUCCAAGAGUUUUUCCAAUUCUACUAAUAGUCUAGUUUCUAGCAAGAAAUCAAAGCCUAGUGCUAUUUCCAAUUCCUGUUUUACUUUUUCUGAUCCUAAU